GCAAGACCAAGAACCUUCAACGUACGAAAUCUACAACUUCAACUCAACGGAACUUGACGUUUCAGUCUCCGCCCAACUCGCGGUUAAAUUGAUUGAUCCUCCUGUUCCCCAAAAACACAACCAACCAAAACAAUCAAAAUGAAGCACCUCGCGGCAUACCUUCUGCUCACCCUCGGCGGUAACUCUUCCCCUUCGGCAAAGGACAUCAAGGGCGUGCUCGAGUCCGUCGGAAUCGAAGCUGAUGAUGAGCGUCUCUCCACUCUGAUCUCCGAGCUCAAGGGCAAGGACAUCCAAGAGUUGAUCACCGAGGGCUCAAGCAAGUUGGCAUCCGUUCCUUCUGGUGGAUCUGGUGGCGGUGCCGCAGCUGCGUCCGGCGGAGCUGCUACUGGUGGCGCCGCUGCUGAGGAAACAAAGGAAGAGCCUAAGGAAGAGGAGAAGGAAGAGUCCGACGAGGAUAUGGGUUUCGGUCUCUUCGACUAAGCGGUCAAUUGACGUCGUCAUGGAUUCGUUGCUCACGAUUUGCCAACACAUACGAUCAGGGCUUCUGGGAGGAGUUGUGCGGGCUUUGCCAAUGGUUUGCAUGUCAUGGGGGUGAAAGGUCGAAAUACACUGGUCUUCUCGUGAAGAUAUGUCAAACAUGCAGAUUAGGUGGUUUAAUACAGACGUGCUUCUUCCAC